UGGCUUGACUGGUCCAUGACGGCUUCAUCUCUGCUUCAGCUGAAGAGCAAACCGACAUCAGCUGAGUUUGCAUGAAGUAUCAUCCUCUGGAGCUGAAGUGCAGGAAUAUACAACCACUUUGAAUCCGCUACUAGCAUUUUAUAAAGUUUCGUGUCACCGCCAGGCCAAUUGCAGCAACUGUCAUCUGUCGUAACCACAGAAACGGGGAAGAGGCAGAAGGAAAAAUAACAUUACAUCAAACCCGGCAAACAAAGAGGUCCUUUUUUCAACGGCAACAUUUUUCCUCCAUAUUCUAUAGUUAUGAGUCAUGUGGCCGUCGAAAAUGCCCACGGUCUAGAGCAGCAGCUCGCUGUCCUAGACUUGAGCGCUGCAGACGGACAAGGUGGAGGCACCAACAGUAAGCAGCCGACAUGUUUCUGGCGAUAUAUUCCUCCACAUUUACGGAACAAAGACGUCUCCAAAAAUGUAGGAAAUGCCUUCGCUGCUGGACGACAGGGCGGCUACACCAUCGCUCCUGCAACCAACUACGGCUGGGACGGCGGACGCAACAACUUCGUCAAUGGCUACCACGACAAUCGCAUGACCGGCAACACCUUCAACCGCGGGCCGCCUCGCAUGGAGCGCGGCCGGGGUGGCGUUGGAGGAGGCGGUUACCGUGGCAACAGAGGGGGCGCCUUCAACCCCAUCAACCCAGCGCAGCCGAUGAGCUUCGACGCAGGCGGCUGGAACACUGCUAAGGACGCCUAUAGCAGCUUCGGCAAUAACCGAGGGAAGUCGGCGUUCUUCAACGACAGAGGAAACGCUAACAGAGGGAGGUUCGAGCACGGAGGAUUUGGUGGUGGAGGAGGAGGAGGAAACAGCCGCUGGGUGGAAGAGUCCCGAGACGACGGGGACUGGUCCAAACCGACACCACGCAACGAACGCCUUGAACAUGAGUUGUUCUCCGGCAGUAACACUGGCAUUAACUUUGAGAAAUACGACGACAUUCCUGUUGAGGCUACAGGACAGAACUGUCCUCACCACAUCGAGAGUUUCCAAGACGUGGACAUGGGUGAGAUCAUCAUGGGGAACAUCGCUUUGAGCCGCUACACCAGACCAACGCCUGUCCAAAAAUAUGCCAUUCCUAUCGUCAAGUCCAAGAGAGACCUCAUGGCCUGUGCACAGACAGGUUCUGGGAAGACGGCGGCGUUCCUGCUGCCAAUCCUCAGCCAGAUCUACGCUGAUGGACCAGGAGAAGCUCUGAACGCAGCUAAAGCCUCCGGGCAGGAGAACGGGAAGUUCGGCCGUCGUAAGCAGUACCCCAUCUCCCUGGUCCUGGCUCCGACCAGAGAACUGGCCCUGCAGAUAUAUGACGAAGCCAGGAAGUUUUCCUACCGCUCCAGAGUGCGUCCCUGCGUUGUUUACGGAGGAGCAGACAUCGGCCAGCAGAUCAGAGACCUGGAGAGAGGCUGCCAUCUGCUGGUGGCCACGCCUGGAAGACUGGUGGACAUGAUGGAGAGAGGCAAGAUAGGACUGGACUACUGCAACUACCUGGUCCUGGACGAGGCGGAUCGAAUGCUGGACAUGGGCUUUGAGCCGCAGAUCCGACGCAUCGUUGAGCAGGACACCAUGCCGCAUAAAGGCAUCCGACAAACCAUGAUGUUCAGCGCCACCUUUCCUAAAGAGAUCCAGAUCCUAGCGAGGGAUUUCCUGGAGGAGUACAUCUUCCUGGCCGUGGGCAGAGUGGGUUCCACCUCGGAGAACAUCACUCAGAAGGUGGUGUGGGUGGAGGAGAGCGAUAAGAGGUCUUUCCUCCUGGACCUGCUCAGCGCUACGGUCAUCCCCAGCGAGGUACAGGACGGUAAUGGAGACAACAUAGAGAAACCCGGCAAGGACUCGUUGACUCUGGUUUUUGUGGAGACCAAGAAAGGCGCCGACGCCUUGGAGGACUUCCUGUACCGGGAGGGCUACGCCUGCACCAGUAUCCAUGGCGACCGUUCCCAGAGAGACCGAGAGGAGGCCCUGAACCAGUUCAGAUCAGGAAAAUGCCCCAUUCUGGUGGCUACGGCGGUGGCAGCUCGGGGUCUGGACAUCUCCAACGUGAAACAUGUUAUUAACUUUGACCUGCCCAGCGACAUAGAGGAGUACGUGCACCGUAUUGGACGUACAGGACGAGUAGGAAACCUGGGGCUGGCCACGUCGUUCUUCAACGAUAAAAACGGGAACAUCACUAAAGACCUGCUGGACAUCCUAGUGGAGGCCAAACAGGAGGUUCCAUCAUGGCUGGAGAGUCUGGCCUAUGAGCACCAGCACAAGAGCAGCAACAGGGGGCGCUCUAAGAGGUUCUCCGGUGGUUUCGGGGCUCGUGAUUAUCGUCAGACGGCCGCCGGAGUCAACGCUGGAGGGUUUGGAGGACGUGGAGGACGCAACCAGGCAGGACACGGAGGAACCCGUGGGUUUGGAGGAGGUGGCUUUGGUAACUUCUACACCAGCGACGGCUACGGAGGCAACUACUCACACUCUCAAGUCGACUGGUGGGGCAACUAGGUUUCUCCAUCGCUUCACUCAUUCCUCUUUCCUCCUCUCACUCCUCCUCCAUCCUCCUCCAUCCCAUCUGUCUCGUCAUUAACCCCAACAACCCACAUGCAUGUUAUUAAACUAUUUAUACUCAUUUAUAUAGCGCUCCCUCCAUCCUCUUCACAUCACGUCUUUCAAUUCCUCCUUGUUUUUUUUUUCUUGUGCUUUCUCAUCUCCACCUUUCUUGAUUUCUCGAUCUCUCCUUCUGAAACAGGCCACAUUAUACAGGGACUCCUACAUUUUAGUUGGUUACUUUUCAACACUGGACACAGAUUUGCUUGUUACCUUCCAGCUUGCAACCAACCGCCUUUGGUUUCCAUGAGUGUGACGCGUCAGAAGAGAACUAACCAAUUAAAGCUGUGGGUUUUCUUUAACCCCUAGUAUAGGAUGCGUAGACUUCUCCAAAACAGCUGCGGAAAAGGGGAUAUCCUUUUUUAUUUUCACUUUAGAUCUGAGUUUUGGCUUCAUCGUGUGUUUGUCGGCAUUCACCCAGAGCCAGUCGGGCUCGCCAUGUAGCUUCACAUCAUCUUUGUAUUUAACGCAUGGCCAUGUUGUAAAUCACCGGCCAAAACCUUUUCUAAAACAUAGAGAUAGGCGAGACGUCAACGCAACGUAUGUCUGCAUAUAAUUUCAGAAAUAGGAACUGGCUGAGGUCUCCUUCACUUGUAGGACAGAUGCAUAAAAGGGGCCACAGAAAAACAGCAAAGUGUUUUUUUAAUUAUUUUUUUCACCUUUUUAAAACAUUAAACUAUGAUUCACCGCGGUCUGAAGAGACAAGGGGCUGGACAAACUGAGACACCCAGUCAGUGGGACGCCAGCAGUAACGCUAGCCAACGGUCUUAGGACUCGUGGUUGUUGAUUGCAAACGACAUUUCAUUGUUUUAAGCAAAAACAUCAUGGAGAAUCAUUUGUUUCUGUACUGUGCCUUUAAGAAUUUGAACUUUGUCUCUUAUUUCUGUCGUUUUUAUUGCCAUAACACGCAACUGGCUGCAAGUACAGGCCGACGGUGACUAAAAAAAAUGUGUAUUUAAUGUCAUGUAUGGGUUUAAACUUGUUUUUCUUCAUUUCCAUUUGGAAGGAAACAAACUAGGCUUGAACUAAAUCAAACCUUGGCAAAAAAAAAAAACAA